ACCCCGUGCCAGGACAGAUGCCAGCGGUUGGGCAGAAAAGCGAUGCCAGCAAGCACCCCACAGUGGGGCCCAAGCUUUGGGCAACAUGCCUUCCAGCUUUGCUCCUGGGCUCCUCUCGCAGGCCAGGCUCCGUGUCCUGUCUGCAGACGUCCCUGGCUUGUCUGCCAUCCCUCCGCUUCUCGCGCUCAGAGCACCUUCCCUCCCUGUGCUCCCACACGGCCUGUGUCCCUCCAGCAGCCAACAGUUUCCCCAGCCGUGUCCUGGAGGGGGUGUCUCCUCACAACAGAACCCAUCUCUCUGUCCCUUCUGAGCACAGCCUUAUUGGCAUCCUCCCCCCUCAUCUCUGUGCCCAGGCCCCCCCCCCCCCCGCCAAAGGACACUUAGUCACACUCUACACUUGCGAAGUUCAUGGGUCAAGUGCACACAGGAUUCAGAUCCCAGAUGGGGGGUUUCUCUUCUCCUGGAUCUUGGUCUCGUUUGCCUGUCACCUGGCCUCCACCCAAGGAGCUCCUGAAGAUGUGGACGUCCUCCAGCAGCUGGGCCUCAGCUGGUCAAAGGCGGGGGGCGGCCGGAGCCCUGCACCCCCGGGAGUCAUUCCUUUCCAGUCCGGCUUCAUCUUGACGCAGCGGGCCCGGCUGCGGGCCCCCGCGGCCGCCGUUCUUCCCGCCGCCCUGGGCUCAGAGCUGGCGCUGGUGCUGAGCCUCUGCUCCCACCGGGUGAACCAUGCCUUCCUCUUUGCCGUCCGCAGCCGGAAGCACAAGCUGCAGCUGGGCCUGCAGUUCCUCCCCGGCAAGACGGUGGUCCACCUGGGGCCCCGGCGCUCCGUGGCCUUCGACCUCGACGUGCAUGACGGGCGCUGGCACCACCUGGCCCUGGAGCUCCGCAGCCGCACGGUCACACUGGUGACGGCUUGUGGGCAGCGCCGGGUGCCUGUCCCGCUGCCUUUCCACAGGGAACCUGCGCUCGACCCCGAGGGCUCCUUCCUCUUGGGGAGGAUGAGCCCCCACGCGGUCCAGUUUGAAGGUGCCCUGUGCCAGUUCAGUGUCUACCCUGUGACGCAGGUCGCUCACAAUUACUGUACCCACCUGAGAAAGCAGUGUGGACAGGCCGACACGUAUCGGCCCCCGCUGGGACCCCUCUUCCCCCGAGACUCUGGCAGACCCUUUGCCUUCCAGACCGACCUCACCCUGCCAGGCCUGGAGAACCUGACCACUGCCAUACCAUCCCUGGGGUCACGGCCAGCAGGCGGGAGGCCCAGGGGGACGGUGGCACCCGCUCCGCCCACCAAGCCCCUAAGGACUAGCCACGCCCACCCUCCCCUGCAUACUGCAGUGGGGGACCCAGCCUGGACCCCGCCACUGUCCGCCAAGCUGUCCUCCAGGACCGUGCAUCCCCCCGUGCCCCCAGCAUCUCCUGCUGGCUCCACCAGGACUCCUCGCCCUGCGGCCACCCAAGCAUCACCGAAGAUCACAGCCACCAAAAUCCCCAAAAGCCUCCCUACCAGGACUUCAGCCCCUUCUCCUUCAGUUUCCCCCAUCAAAAGCCCCCAUCCUGCCCAGAAAACAGCUCCACCUUCAUUGACAAAGUUAGCCUCAGCUACCCAGAAGCCGGUGCCACCCACUUCCCGUCCAGUUCCUGCUAAAGUCUUCCGUCCCACAGAGAAGCCCAGCUGGAGGACCUCUGUAACGCUCAGGCCCCCUCUGCCCAGCGCCCGGCCCCUGCCUCCCACCACUGGUUCCUCUAGUAAGCCCAUUCCCACAGGAGCCCAGACUGAUGCCAAGACAACCGGCCAUGCCCGUAAGUCGGGCUCCUCCCACACCAGCACUCACAGACCUCCCCAGCCCAGUGUUUUAUCUCUGUCUCCUGCCCCUACCCCUGGCUCUCCCAGGGUCGCUCAGCCACCAGCCACGGCGGUGCCUCUAGCCUCGGGCACCAGAGCUCCCAAAACGGCAUCUCCCGCCCCCAUUCCUGGUCCAGUCCCCCCUGGAAACAAGAAGCCCACUGGAUCAGAAGCCUCAAAGAAAGCGAGGCCUGACAGCAGCCCCCGGAAGCCCGCCCCCCUCAGACCUGGGAAGGCAGCCAGGGAUGCCCCGUUGAGCGAUCUGACAACCAGGCCCAGGCUCAGACAGCCCCAGCCCAGUCUCCAGACCACCCCGGCCCUGGUACUGGCCCCGGCGCAAUCCCUGUCCUCCAGUCCCCGGCCCACGAGCUACUCGUUCAUUCACCUGGCGGGACCUACACCUUCCCCUCUGCUGAUGGGGCCUCCGGGGCCCAAGGGAGACUGCGGUUUGCCGGGUCCUCCUGGGCUGCCUGGGCUUCCUGGUUCCCCCGGUGCACGAGGGCCUAGGGGUCCUCCUGGACCUUAUGGAAAUCCAGGUCUUCCUGGUCCUCCUGGAGCCAAGGGACAGAAAGGGGACCCAGGGCUCUCACCAGGAAAGGCCCAUGAUGGGGCAAAGGGCGACAUGGGCCUGUCUGGGCUCUCCGGGAAUCCAGGACCUCCGGGACGAAAGGGAUACAAGGGCUAUCCUGGACCCGCAGGGCAUCCCGGAGAACAGGGGCAGCCGGGACCUGAGGGCAGCCCAGGGGCCAAAGGUUACCCUGGCAGGCAGGGGUUACCUGGACCGGUAGGAGACCCCGGCCCCAAAGGCAGCAGGGGCUACAUUGGACUCCCAGGGCUCUUUGGCUUGCCAGGGUCUGAUGGAGAGCGAGGCCUGCCUGGUGUUCCUGGCAAGAGGGGCAAGAUGGGUAUGCCGGGGUUUCCUGGAGUCUUUGGGGAAAGAGGCCCUCCGGGACUGGACGGAAACCCUGGAGAACUGGGCCUGCCAGGGCCCCCUGGAGUCCCCGGCCUCAUUGGUGACAUGGGAGCGUUGGGUCCAAUUGGCUACCCAGGACCCAAGGGCAUGAAGGGACUGAUGGGCAGCGUGGGGGAGCCCGGACUGAAAGGUGAUCAGGGUGAACAAGGGGUUCCAGGUGUGUCAGGAGAUCCUGGAUUCCAAGGAGACAAGGGGAGCCAGGGCUUGCCGGGGUUCCCGGGCACACGGGGGAAGCCAGGGCCUCCGGGCAAAGUUGGAGACAAAGGAUCUCUUGGGUUUCCUGGGCCCCCCGGACCCGAGGGAUUCCCAGGAGACAUUGGCCCCCCUGGGGAUAAUGGCCCAGAAGGCAUGAAGGGUAAGCCUGGAGCUCGAGGCCUGCCGGGACCCCGUGGGCAGCUGGGGCCCGAGGGAGAUGAGGGACCCAUGGGGCCACCGGGGACACCUGGCUUGGAGGGUCAGCCUGGCAGGAAGGGAUUUCCUGGGAGGCCCGGCCCAGAUGGUGUGAAGGGAGAACCAGGGGAUUCUGGACGGCCGGGGCCUGUGGGUGAGCAGGGACUCAUGGGAUUCAUCGGUCUGGUCGGGGAGCCAGGAAUCGUGGGGGAAAAGGGUGACCGAGGCAUGAUGGGACCCCCAGGUGCGCCCGGACCCAAGGGGUCGAUGGGUCAUCCUGGAAUACCGGGUGGUAUGGGGACCCCUGGAGAGCCUGGACCCCUGGGCCUUCCAGGAUCUCGAGGCCCACCAGGCAUGAGGGGAGCAAAGGGACGUCGGGGCCCCCGAGGACCAGAUGGACCAGCUGGGGAGCAGGGGUCCCGGGGCCUGAAGGGCCCCCCAGGACCUCAGGGCAGACCGGGCCGGCCUGGACAGCAGGGUGUGGCUGGUGAACGAGGCCACUUGGGCCUGCGAGGCUUUCCCGGCAUCCCAGGUCCCUCAGGCCCCCCAGGUGCCAAGGGCGUCCCAGGAGAACCGGGACCCCAGGGACCCCAGGGGCCAAUUGGGCCUCCGGGAGAGAUGGGACCCAAGGGGCCGCUGGGUGCAGUGGGAGAGCCAGGCCUUCCUGGGGAAGUCGGGAUGAAGGGUGACCUUGGACCCCUGGGCUCCCCUGGGGAGCAGGGCCUCAUUGGGCAGCGGGGAGAGGCAGGCCUUGAGGGUGACAGUGGCCCCUCGGGGCCCGACGGGCUGAAGGGGGACAGGGGUGACCCUGGGCCUGACGGUGAACAUGGCGAGAAAGGCCAGGAAGGGCUGACGGGCGAGGAUGGGCCUCCCGGGCCUCCUGGCAUCACUGGCGUCCGGGGUCCAGAAGGAAAGCCGGGGAAGCAAGGCGAGAAGGGCCGGACCGGAGCCAAGGGUGCCAAGGGCUACCAAGGACAGCUGGGUGAGAUGGGCGUCCCUGGAGACCCCGGACCUCCUGGUACCCCAGGCCCGAAAGGAUCCCGGGGCAGCCUGGGACCAACGGGCGCUCCAGGACGCAUGGGUGCCCAAGGAGAACCGGGACUGGCUGGCUACGAUGGACACAAAGGCAUUGUGGGACCCCUUGGACUUCCUGGACCAAAAGGCGAAAAGGGGGAGCAGGGCGAGGAUGGCAAGGCUGAGGGGCCCCCCGGGUCACCUGGAGAUCGGGGCCCUGUGGGUGAUCGAGGAGACCGUGGGGAACCAGGGGACCCUGGAUACUCUGGACAGGAGGGUGUGCCAGGCCUCCGUGGAAAGCCAGGCCAGCAGGGCCAGCCCGGGCAUCCGGGACCCCGGGGCCGGCCGGGACCCAAAGGAUCGAAAGGCACAGAGGGACCAAAGGGAAAGCAAGGCAAAGCCGGGGCUCCAGGCCGGAGGGGGGUCCAGGGCCUGCAGGGGCUGCCGGGGCCCCGGGGCGUGGUGGGGAGACAAGGCCCUGAGGGUGCUGCCGGACCGGAUGGGCUUCCUGGCAGGGACGGGCGAGCAGGACUGCAGGGGGAGCAGGGAGACGAUGGGGACCCUGGCCUCAUGGGCCCUGCUGGGAAGAGAGGAAAUCCCGGUGUGGCCGGCUUGCCUGGAGCACAGGGACCCCCAGGGUUCAAGGGUGAAAGUGGAUUACCGGGGCAGCUGGGUCACCCUGGCAAGCGGGGGACUGAGGGCGGAACAGGGCUUCCUGGGAGCCAUGGGGAGCCCGGAUCCAAAGGCCAGCCGGGUGACACUGGCGAGAUGGGCUUCCCAGGAAUGGCUGGUCUCUACGGACCCAAGGGCCCUCCUGGAGACAUCGGCUUCAAAGGCAUCCAGGGCCCUCGGGGGCCUCCAGGCUUGAUGGGAAAGGAAGGCAUCACUGGGCCCCUGGGAAUCCUGGGACCUUCGGGACUCCCGGGUCCGAAGGGCGACAAAGGCAGCCGUGGGGACUGGGGAUUGCAAGGUCCGAGGGGUCCUCCUGGCCCAAGAGGGCGGCCCGGCCUCCCGGGUCCUCCAGGGGGUCCUAUCCAGUUUCAACAAGACGACCUUGGGGCAGCUUUCCAGACGUGGGUGGACACCAAUGCCGCACUCAGAUCAGAGGGUUACAGCUAUCCUGACCGGCUGGUGCUGGACCAGGGAGGGGAGAUCUUUAAAACCUUACACUACCUCAGCAACCUCAUCCAGAGCAUUAAGACGCCCCUGGGCACCAAAGAGAACCCCGCCCGGGUCUGCAGGGACCUCAUGGAUUGUGAGCAGAAGAUGGCGGAUGGUACCUACUGGGUGGAUCCGAACCUCGGCUGCUCGUCCGACACCAUCGAAGUCUCCUGUAACUUCACGCACGGUGGACAGACAUGUCUCAAGCCCAUCACGGCCUCCAAGGUCGAGUUUGCCGUCAGCCGGGUCCAGAUGAAUUUCCUGCACCUGCUAAGCUCCGAGGUGACACAGCAUAUCACCAUCCACUGCCUUAACAUGACCGUGUGGCAGGAGGGCACUGGGCAGACCCCCGCCAAGCGGGCUGUGCGCUUCCGGGCCUGGAACGGGCAGAUUUUUGAAGCUGGGGGUCAAUUCAGGCCCGAGGUGUCCGUGGACGGCUGCAAGGUCCAGGAUGGCCGCUGGCGUCAGACACUCUUCACCUUCCGGACCCAAGACCCCCAGCAACUGCCCAUUGUCAGCGUGGACAACCUCCCGCCCGUCUCACCAGGGAAGCAGUACCGCCUCGAAGUUGGACCUGCCUGCUUCCUCUGACCUCUGACCUCCUGGCCCCUCUAGCCUCAUGGAGGAGGGAAGGGGGAGAGGCGAGGGGAGGGUCUUGAGGGGCAGGUGGCUCCGGGAGAGGAAGCGCCCCUGCCCAAGGACACUUGGGCAGACCCUGGCUGUUGUCUGCCCAGUAGAAGUGGGUGGGGUAGCAGGGUACGGGGUGUCCUUGGGAACGACGGAUCCCAGCUUAGCCCCAAAGAACAACCAAAGAGCCGGCCGGAGCAAGCUGGGCCUGCAACCCGCCUGAGCCCCGUGGCCUAUCUCCCAGCUCUGCGGCCACCCCCUUCCCUGCCCAGCUUCCCGCCCAAAGAGCCCCACGUGCAAGCCAACUUGAGGGAAGGGGGCAUCUCGUCAGCUGGUCCCUGCCAGGGAGCUUUUGAUGUGCAAUAUUAGAAAGGAGAUAUGAAAAAAAGGAGAAAAGGAAAGAAAGAAGUAUAUAUAUUAUUUAAACGAACACAAAGAAGGUGUGUUACUAUUUUUUUUCACCCGGGAGAGAGGUGAGAGGAUGAGAAAGAGCAGCCAGGGGUGGGAUGCAGCACGAUCCUUGGGGCUGGGGCCCCCCGUUAGCUACCUCCCACGGUGAAAUCGCUGGUGCUCGCAAUUGUCUCGUAGUGUAUGUGAUUUUUUUUAAGGAAAAAAAAACCCCUAUUUAAGAUUCUAAAGGUGCUACCAUUUUUGCCACAGACUUUGAAGAAACUUUUUUGAUGUGGGGGGCAUUGUCCACAUCUUUCUCUUUCCUCCAAAUGGCAAAGUUGGGGAAUUUUAAAAUUUUCCUAGCAUCACUUUUGUGCUCGCCAGGUAAUUUGCUAAGGAGGAAAAAAAUAAAAGAAAAAAGGAAAGAAAAAAAAAAAAAGCAAAAAAAAAAAAAAAAAAUUCUACCAGAAACCAGAAGUAGAGAGAUCUACCUUUUAACUUAUGGACUUUGAAAUGUCUAUCCUUUAAGGCAGCAGGGAGCCCUGGGCACAAAGCACGUGGGCUUGGCCCUUUGUGAUCCUGAAGGAGGUGAGGUUUGCCUGGAAGGCGUGCCCUGGACAGGUCCUGGGUGAGGCCUUGACCGUGAAGAAGCCAGUUCCAAGAGCGACGAGGGGUCAGGAUUCCUGGUGGAGGUGGAAUGUUUGCGUCAAACCAUCUCACGAAGCCACGUCCCCUGUCUGAGCUCCUCCAUCCCAGAAGCCUGCCCUCCUCCCAGGAGUCAUCGUUCUUUUUCUUUGUCGCUAAAUGCUACAGACACCCAUUGUCAUUAGCUCCAAGUGUAAAUGUGGGCUGAGGAGAAAGAAUCAUUAUGGGAAUCUCGGAGUCCAACACCACCACAGCGUUCGGUGUCAUCAGAAUUGUGCCGUAUCAACCAGUGGGCCGGCGCCCAAAUUGGCUGCUGAGGUCGUUUUAACUAUGGGAUGAUUUUUACGGAAGGGGAAACGUAUGUGAAAAUCUCUGUGUGUGUGUUUCUCUGCUAAAGUUGUGUCUCUUUGGGAUUGGAUUUGACUUCCGUGAUUUUAAUACCUCACUCUGGCCCACCCUUCCUCCCGACACCCUCUGUACCCGCGCCCGCCGCCCCCGCCCGGACGCUCCGCAUGGAAGUGCAUUUUGUAGCAGCUCGGGCCUCAUCUCAGCUCUUGGUCCCCUACCCGUCUCUGUCUCAUUCUUGGGUUUUUCUGCUGUCCUCGUCUGUGUCUCUGUCCACAUGUCAGUGUGUGAAAACCCUAACGGGUUCUGUUUUUCUUUUUCCCUUCUGGAUUUUAAAUAAAUAUUUAAAACUGAG